AUGGGCUUCUUUUCUUUAGCCAACCUGUUUCAUCGAGACAACCACAACCAUUCCAAGUCCGAGAGUGUUCUUCAAACAUCGACUGGUGUCACGACGUUGUCAUCUUCGACCAAAUUAGCAGCACUUCGAACCACCGAUGACCUUGCUUUGAAUGGAAAACUCAGCGAUACAUCGUUGGUUUCGAGAAGUAGUUCAGCAGUGUCAAAUUCGACCUCACGGAAUCGACAUUCCAUGGAUUCCUCAGGUUCAUCAUCGUCGUGGUCUCUUUCGUCGAAUGGUGGACAACUCACUUUGAAUCAUCAUACAACAUUUCCAUCUCGAUCGUCCAUUUCCUCGUCACACAACAGUACUCAUCAUCAGCAAUAUCUUUCUGUACAACCGAAUCAUCAUUCUCAUCAUCAUCAUCACCACCAUGGUCCCAUUCAUAUCUCAACCAGAGUGAGCAUUCGAGAUUUUGCAAAACAAUACUUGGAACUCAUGGAGAUUGAAAAAACAAGAGCCCUUUUACAAAAUUCACUCGCUCAAAAUUUGGAUGAUCCAUUAUCCAUUCAGCAUCAUUCAGUUGUGACAAAAUCUUUAAAUGUCAUUGUCGAAACGAAAUCAUCUCAAAAUCCUCCUGAAGAGAAGAAGAAGAAUACUCUUCUGAGAGAUGCUUCUGAAGUAGAUCCAGCAAAUGAACUUGUUUUGGAAAAUGUGGAGACUAAGAAUGCAAAUGAACCCUCCUCGAUUUCACACUCAGACACUAGUGUCGACACCUCAUCGAGUGAGGUCUCUCCUGCCAUCCAAGUCAACGUCAGAGACAAGGUGAACAAUACAUCCUCAAAUGAUUCAAAUGACGACACUCAAAAUGGCAGAGACACUUCAGUCGAGACAACACCAAACAACCAACCAAGUGUAAUCACAACUACAGAAGAACAGAAAAAGAAUCACCACGAGAAAGCAAGUUUUAAAAAGUUUCUCGCUGAACAUGAGAAUUAUCUCUCGUCACUCGAUGAAAUAUUUCAAGUGUGUAUUUAUGGCCAUGUGGAAAGACUGAAAUCACUCUUAGAAGAAAUUCGACAAAAAUCCAAUCGUUUCUCUCUCUCUAUGAAAUCCCUUCGAUUAAGUGGCUCAGUAAAAGUCAAAAAAUUCAUCUCUAGAGAGGAUAGUGGCAAGACAGAAAAUGUGAAAAAACAAUCAUGGAGUAAUUGCACACUUGUACACUUGGCUGCACGAUUCAAUCAAGUGGAUGUCUUGGACAUGUUAUUGAAAAAUUUCAUUGGAAUGAAUGAGACCUUGUCGGAUGUGAUCAAUUUGGAGGAUGACAUUCAUGCCACUCCACUUUUUUACUCGGUGACUUCUGGCGCUUAUGAAUCGACAGCUUUUCUUUGCAGCUUUUCAAAUGCCAUUAAGAUUAACACAAAAGAUGUAUUUGAAUGUAGUCCUUUGUGGUAUGCCAUGCAUAGAAAAGAUUUUGAAAUGGCUGAUAUUUUAAUUACCUUUGGAGCUGAUAUUUAUUUCAAGAUUCAUGGAGGAGAAUCUUAUCUUCAUCGAGCAUGUGAAAUGAACGAUGUUGAUAUGAUCAAAUAUAUUCUUUUAGGAAUUAGAAAAGAAGAAUCCAUAGAUUUAAUCAAUAAUACAAAACAAAAUCAAAUCUUCCAAGAAAGACAGUCACUCAUGCUGCGAUGUGAUCAACGACAUCAAAUUCCUCUCUUCAAUGCCAUCAAAUCUUAUGAAGAAUUUUUGAGAAGAAAAAAACUUCAGAGUGCUGCUUCUCGAUCAACAACAACACCAUCGACUUCACCACCCACUAACAACAAUCCAUCACAUCCCUUCUCUGAACCAAAAGAACAGGCGUUCGAUUUUUUAUUGAACUUUUUCACACAGCAUUGUCCAAGUAUUUUACAAAAAUCUCUCGAUCAAACGAAUCACUAUGGUCACUCGAUGAUUCACUUUUGUGUGGAAAGAGAUGCUUUUCAACCUCUUUUGAAGAUCAUUCGUCUCUACGAUUCGGAUGACAAGUUGAAACAAGCUCUCAAUGAAAAAGACAAGAUUCUAGGAAAUACACCACUGCAUAUUGCAAUCAUGACCACUCAUUAUGAUUGCUUUAAACUACUUGUGAGUUGUCAAGAAGUUGAUCUUAAUAUUCCCAAUCAACAAUUGGAUUUACCUCUCCAUGUGGCAAUUCGACAAAAGAAACUUCGAAUGAUUCAAUACUUGUAUUCACUCUAUUCUCAAAAAGAUUUGGAAACUAAGAAUGCACAACAUUUAUCAUGUCUCAAACUUGCAAAACGUCUCUCAUUGAAUUUAAAGAAACUAGCAGAAGGAAAUAUUGAAGAAUUUGAAAAAGAAUUAAAAUCUAAGGAAAAGAAGAAUGAAAAGAAAUGGUGGCACAUUUUCAAGAUUCACAAAAAGAGUUCACAUACUCCUCAAGAAGUGGCAUCCAAUGCUUCUUCUACUACUUCUACUGAGGAAACCCUUUCUUCCAGUAAUUUAUCCUCUCUCGCAAAGAAUACUUUGGACACUCUGUCUUCAUCUUCCUCAAAUGAUGUUUCACAGUCACAGGCCACCACGACAUUCCCUCUUGUUCAUUGGACGAAAGAUUUGACGCUAGGAGUGGAAAUUAUGGAUGAACAACAUCAUGGCUUGGUGGACAUUAUUAACAAGCUCAUUCAAUUGAUGUUUGGAGGUGAGAAUGAUUGUAAUGUACCAGAACGAUCGAGUGAUGAAUGGUUAUUGGGCUAUGUGAUUGGUCUCUGUUUGGAAUAUACUGAAUUUCAUUUUGAGACUGAGGAGAGAAUUAUGGCCAAGUAUGCCAAAUCGUUGCCAGAGGGAUAUGCAGAGGAGCAUCAUCAAGAGCACGAAGAAUUCACGAACAAGAUGAAAAAACUGCAUCAAGAAUAUCUCGACAAUCACUCAACCAUUUCCUUCUUGAAUGUUGAUUUAUUGAAUUAUUUAUUGCAUUGGUUGAUCAAUCAUAUCAUGGGUAGUGACCAUGUAUUCGUUUCUCAUCUCACAAAAGAUGUCCCACCAGAACAAAUAUCUUUAUAA